UGGUUAUAUUUUCUGAUAUUAAAUAUUUAAAAUCUAAAACUACCUGUCAGACAAAAUGCAGGUCAUGUAGUCUGAAUCUAUUCGAACUUGUCAGCAGUUGUGUUUACCACCAGCAAGUUUGUUAGACCUGCUGGCUGCUGCUUAAUAACUCUAGUGACUGCGGAAAGUGUCAGCGGGGAGUUAUAGUCUGUAAAGCCAGCAAUGAAUUAAGGAGACAGCGAUGGAUACUGCAGAUCACGUUAAUGAGAGCGACCCUCUGAAGAGAGGAGGAGAUGCCACAGCACCUUCAGCAACAGAGCUCAAAAAGAAGAAAUGUAAAGAAGGCUUGGGUUGUACCAGAAUGUCUCACUGGAGGACGGCAGUCUUCUUCCUUUCCUUGUUCAUCUGCCUCACCAUUGUGUUUGCCUUCUCCUUCAUCAUCCCCUGUCCUGUCAGAGCACAAUAUCUCAUUACCUGGAACAGGACUUUUUCUGAAGCGGCCACCUAUGACUUCCUGGCUUUUGAACAUGCAAGCAAGGACAAAGUGAUAGAUGUCCUUUUUGUUCUGAGAAACACAAAUGGCACACAGAACAAAUCGUGUGCCGACGCAAACCUGACUUCGCCGUGCCUGUUUCUGUUGGCGGUGGACGGCACUGAUGGAGAUACACUGUGGCAGAGGCCGCUGGCUUUUGAGUUCCACUGGGCUCAAUGCGGUCUGGGCCAAGAUACACCGGGCUCCUGGCACUGUCUGCUGUCCCAUUCAGACAACCUCACAGCCAUUGACAAAUACACAGGUGAUGUGGUUUGGCAGCAGCCUCAGCCUACCGGGCUGCAGAGCUCUUUGCCCGUUCUCAAUGGCCCAGAUCUGGACGGUGACAAGACUGCUGAUGUGGUACUGGUGGCAUCAGAMAACACACAGACUCAGCUUAUUUUGCUCUCAGGGAAGACAGGCACCCAAAUCGGUUCGACUGUGGUUCUUGAUUCCUUUGWAUCAGCAAGUCAUCUUAUCCAUCUCAGUGAGCAGGGUUCUCACUAUGUACUGCUUCAAAAAGACACAGGUGUGUAUGGACUAGCACUGUGGAGGAUURUAGCCAAGGCUAAAGCAGGACUGACUCCUGACCUUAAGAAAGACAAAAGCCUGGAGAAAAAAGCCGAUGCUGCAACUGGCCUUGUUCCCAUUCAUGAGUCUGACGCUAUGAGUUUGCUCAGGACUAAAGCUACAGAUUUUUCAUCUGACCUGGUGGUCGUUUCUGCGAAUGAGGUGGCUUUGGUGGAUGGAAAGAAGUUACAGCUACGGUGGAGAUUCAACACUAGCUCAAUUCUUGGCAUGCCUUCCUUUGGUCACUUUAACACCGAUGAUAUCCUGGAUGUUGUGAUUGAAGAGGACAUAGGCAGCUACAAAAAGAAGAUAAUAAUCCUGGAUGGGAAGUCUGGCGGUGUGCUGUGGGAGCUCAAACUUCUUGCCAGUGCCAACUCUCCAAGGCCAGCCUCCGUUUACACCAUCAGCUCCUACUCAGUCUUCAUGUUUUGGGGCUUGAUGCCACCAGAGUCCAACUCAUCUGAAUCAUCAUUGACUGAUCGACGCUCUUACAUGCUGCAUCCUGGCUACCCUAAAGUUCUCCUCGAGUUUACCAACACCCUGGACCACAUUGUAGCCUUCAAAGCCACACUGAUGGAGAGUGGACGCCAUGCUGCUUACCUCCUUUUGACGGGUCCUGAGAAGAAGGAAGCCGAAGGCACGGUGACCCUCAUCAAGCGGAAGCUGAAGCAGGACGUCCCACUGUGCACGGUUCUCCGCACCGACACCAGCGGGGGAUCGAUGUCUGACGAGGACAUGAAAGAAGUCUUUAACCGACUCCGCUUCAGUGACGGGUGAAGGGGUUUGGGUUUUGUUGACUCCCUUGGACUUUAAAACCAAAGCAUGAUAGUCAGUUUUGCCUUUUUCAGCUGUUAACAACCAAAGAAAGCUGUUUUUAUUUUGAGGUUUUGAACUUAAUUUUAGGUGACAAGAUUCCUUCAGAACGUUUUAAAUCUAAACCAGGGCAUUACGUCCCCAGACUUGAUUGCACAUAAACUUUAAUCAAAGGUUGAAGAAGCUGCUGUUUUGCUGAUGAUUAACUCUACAAAGCCUUCCUUGCUGUACUGUUAUAAUAGGUUUGUGCAUCACUACAAAGCUCUUCUCAGAGGUUUAAAUGCUGGAACAUUAUUUUUAAUAUCUAUGCAAUCGGUUUAUUUGUUUUUUUUUUUGCUUUAAAGGUUGUCACUGCACAGGUUCUUCUUUUCAAAGUAUUUCCAAUUACAGUGGCCUUCAGAGAAAUUUUUAGAGUGUCAGGGCUAUUUUACUAGAAGUAAAGUUUAGUUUAUGUUGAACAGAUAUAUUAAAAAUAACAAACUAGUCAAAAGUCUGGAAACAUUCAGGGUAAGUUGGCAAUUUUUGACAAGCGUUGUACUGUGAAUAUACUGAAAUGUGGAAAACAACAGAACCCCCUCUGAUCGAAAAGUGAACUCUAAGCAAACAUGUGUUAUGUUUGUGAAAACUUUAAAGAGACAAACUUGAAGUCAAUGAGAUGGUGGACAAUCAAGACAUGAAUGCUGGUGACUUCCUGUAUCCAAGAUGCUGUCAUUUCAGCAGUUUCCAAGGAAUGACUCAGGCCUCUAUAAUGCUCUCUACGGAUGGAGACCAUUUUAAUCUGUACUACAAGUAAUCUUAUUCCAGAUCUUGGAAACUCCGCUGCCAUACUUUUUUUUAAAUUUGGACUCAAAGCUGAGACGUCACUGUAACACUUAUUGUUGUAAAGCUCGUUUUCCUUUUAAUGUUUUACAUUGGAUAUAUAUAAAUAAAAAUAUUCUYGUCUUUAA